CUCCGCAGCGUGCGCCCCCGCGGCUUGGAGGAAGCGCUCCCGGCCGGCGUGCCCCCGGUGCAAGGCUUGCUUCUGCUGCUCCUCUCACUCCUGGCUGCCUUCCACGUUGCGAGGCUUCUCAGGCAAGAGCGGCUGCGACGGAGGAGGCUGGAGCCGCCGGGCCCGUUCCCGUGGCCGCUGCUGGGCAAUGCGGCUCAGCUGGGCAGCGCCCCUCACCUGGCCUUCGGGCGUCUGGCGGCCACCUACGGCAAUGUCUUCCAGCUGCGCCUGGGUAGCUGGCCCGUGGUGGUACUGAGCGGCGAGCGCGCCAUCCGCGAGGCUCUCAUCCGCCAGGGAGCCGCUUUCGCGGGCCGGCCGUCUUUUCCCUCUUUCCAGCUGGUAUCCGGCGGGCGCAGCUUGGCCUUCGGCGCCUACUCGGAGCUGUGGAAGCUGCAACGGCGCCUGGCGCACUCGACGGUGCGAGCUUUCUCGGCGCGCCGCCUCCUGGAGCGCCCCCUGCUGGCCGAGGCGCGCGCCCUCGUGCGGCUCCUGGUGCGCGCUUGCGCCGGCGGCGCCUUCGUCGACCCUUCGAGGAGCCUGGUGGUGGCCGUGGCCAACGUCAUGAGCGCGCUGUGCUUCGGCCGCCGCUACAGCCACGCCGACGCCGAGUUCCAGCGCCUGGUGGGCAGGAACGAGCAAUUCGGGCGCACGGUGGGCGCUGGCAGCCUGGUCGACGUGCUGCCUUGGCUGCAGCGCUUCCCCAACCCGGUGCGCUCCGCCUUCCGCGCUUUCCGCGCCCUGAACCACGAGUUCUACAGCUUCGUGCGCCAGAAGUUCGUGCAGCACAAGAGCAGCCUGUGCCCGGGAGCCGCCCUUCGCGACCUCAUGGACGCCUUUAUCCGCCUCCAGCAGGCGCAGCCCGGCCUGCCUGUGGAGCACGUGCCGGCCACCGUCACGGACAUCUUCGGCGCCAGCCAGGACACCCUCUCCACCGCCCUGCAGUGGCUCUUGAUCUUCCUCAUCAGGUACCCAGAGGUGCAGGCUAAACUGCAAGAAGAAAUUGAUAAAGUGGUUGGCAGGGACCGUUUGCCUUGUGCCGAGGACCAGCCCCAUUUGCCUUACGUCAUGGCUUUCCUUUAUGAAUCGAUGCGUUUCAGCAGCUUUGUGCCAGUUACUAUUCCACACUCCACCACGAUCGACACCACCUUAAUGGGCUAUCGCAUCCCCAAAGAUACAGUGGUCUUUGUCAACCAGUGGUCAGUGAAUCAUGACCCGGUGAAAUGGCCUUCCCCAGAGGAUUUCAAUCCUGCGAGAUUCUUGGAUGAGGAUGGAUUCCUUAACAAAGACCUCACUAGCAGUGUGAUGAUUUUUUCAGUGGGCAAACGUCGGUGCAUUGGGGAAGAGUUGUCAAAAGUGCAGCUCUUUCUUUUUAUUGCCAUAUUGGUGCACCAGUGCAAUUUCACUGCUAAUCCAAAGGAAGACGCUAAAAUGAAUUUCACCUAUGGCUUGAGUAUAAAACCUAAGCCAUUUGAACUCAAUGUCACACUACGAGAUACCAUGGAUUUGCUGGAUAGUGCUGUACAGAGACUUCAAGGAGAAAAAGAUUCUGAAAAUUGCCUCCCAAAUAUGUAAGCUUUGAAGAUUGAACACUGUCUGUAGUACCCAUAUAAGGAUCAUUUUCUUAGUCUUUCUAUAUUUAAAUGAAGCCCAUAUAAUUGUUCUGGAGAGGUCGUAGCAUGAUAUGAAGUAAAACAAUACAUGGAUUUGUGAAUCCAACGUAGUGCUAAGUAAUCGUCCCAUCAGCGCAUGAAUAACAACUUGCCCGUCUCCUCCAACUGUGUGCCCCCUAAAUCUCUUCCAGGGGUCCUCCCAACCCUCUAGAGCAGAUUUGGGCACUGAGGAGAGGAAAGUCCCUUUGCGCAAGUGGACAUAUUUGCGCUGAUGGGGCGUGUUAGUUGAAUACUACUCAUGAUUUUUCAAAUCUGAAUUUGGUUUGGUAUUUCAUUAUCUCUGCAUUUCUUGCCAGCCAGAAGUAUCAAAGCUAUUCUCCAAAGUUGUUUUUUAAAAAAUCUGAGAGCUUUCCCACAGUAGGAAUUGCUAUGCUUAAUUUACUCCCUUUUUGUGGGGCAUCCACAUGGUACUGUCAUUGAGUCAUUGUCAUCCUAUUAUAUAUUUUCCCUGCAGUUAUUCUGUCUUUUCUCAAACCACAAAAAGUCUGAUUUUUUUCCAGAAGAACGGAAGAGUAGCACAAUCUCUCUGGUGCUGAUGCCUUUAGCACUACCCUUCUGUCUUUUUAAAAGGGAGUGGUUUUGACAGGGGCAGUCUGAUGGAUGAGGCAGUUGAAUCUAUUGUAGCUCAGCACACAUUCACUAUUGCGACAGGCACCAUUUUGUCAUCCUGUUUGUUUAUUUAUUUUUAAAAGUCUUUUAAUUAGCACUAAAAUGAUUUGCCAGGUAUUACUUUUUUUAAAAAAAAUGCAUGGGUGAAAUAUUACUUAAAUGAAAGUGUUACAGCACUACAGUGCUACUUUUUAAAAUAUGAUGGGGUAAAAUCUCUCUCCAGCCCCCUCCAUCGUGACCAUGUGAUUAAUGACAUUGGGAUUGUAGCUGUGAAUAACAGUUGUAUUUCAGUGCUGUGGUCAUGAAAUAUUUCUCCAUUCAAAUUCCAAAUGUUUUUGUUCAAAGAGAGAGAUUAAAAAUAAUCACAAUUUAAUUCUGAAA